AUAACUACCCCCCCCCAGCACCCUGUAUCUGUCCCUUCUCUCUGCAGCACGAGCGGGAGCAGAUCAUGACCACCAACGUGUGGCUGACCCAGGAAUGGGAGGACUAUCGCCUCACCUGGAAACCGGAGGACUUUGACAACAUGAAGAAGGUCCGCCUGCCCUCCAAGCACAUCUGGCUGCCUGACGUGGUACUCUACAACAACGCCGACGGGAUGUACGAGGUCUCCUUCUACUCCAACGCGGUCAUCUCCUACGAUGGCAGCAUCUUCUGGCUGCCGCCCGCCAUCUACAAGAGCGCCUGCAAGAUCGAGGUGAAGCAUUUCCCCUUCGACCAACAGAACUGCACCAUGAAAUUCCGUUCCUGGACCUACGACCGCACCGAGAUCGACCUGGUGUUGAAGAGCGAGGUGGCCAGCCUGGAUGAUUUCACACCCAGCGGCGAGUGGGACAUCGUGGCGCUGCCGGGACGGCGCAAUGAGAACCCGGAUGACUCCACCUACGUGGACAUCACCUACGACUUCAUCAUCCGGCGCAAGCCGCUCUUCUACACCAUCAACCUCAUCAUCCCCUGCAUCCUCAUCACCUCCCUGGCCAUCCUCGUCUUCUACCUCCCCUCCGACUGCGGCGAGAAGAUGACGCUCUGCAUCUCCGUCCUGCUCGCCCUCACCGUCUUCCUGCUGCUCAUCUCCAAGAUCGUGCCGCCCACCUCGCUGGACGUGCCGUUGGUGGGCAAGUACCUCAUGUUCACCAUGGUGCUGGUGACCUUCUCCAUCGUCACCAGCGUCUGCGUGCUCAACGUGCACCACCGCUCCCCCACCACUCACACCAUGCCUCCCUGGGUCCGCACCCUUUUCCUCCGCAAGCUCCCGGCGCUGCUUUUCAUGAAGCAGCCGCAGCAGAACUGCGCACGGCAACGCCUGCGCCAGCGUCGCCAAACCCAGGAGCGAGCCGCAGCCGCCACGCUUUUCCUCCGGGCCGGUGCUCGUAGCUGUGCGUGUUACGCCAACCCUGGGGCUGCCAAAGCCGAGGGGCUCAAUGGCUACCGGGAGCGGCAGGGGCCGGAUCCCCCGGCACCGUGUGGCUGCGGGCUGGAGGAGGCGGUGGAGGGCGUGCGUUUCAUUGCGGAUCACAUGCGCAGCGAGGACGACGACCAGAGUGUGAGUGAGGACUGGAAGUACGUGGCCAUGGUCAUCGAUCGCCUCUUCUUAUGGAUCUUCGUUUUCGUCUGCGUCUUCGGCACUGUUGGGAUGUUCCUGCAGCCCCUCUUCCAGAACUACACCACCAACUCCCUGCUGCAGCUUGGCCAGGGCACCCCUACCUCCAAAUAGUGCUUGGGGGGAGGGGGGGAGGAACCACAAGGGGCCUGGGGCACCACUGCAAACCAAUAAAUACUCACCCAGGAGUGGAUGAUUUGUUGUAGUGUCAUUGAGUGGGGCAGGAGAAGGAGCACGUUUUCCACGUGCUUCUCUACAAGCAGGGCUCAGGCAUGGAGCACGGAGCAGAUGGUGGGCAGUGGUGCGUGGCACGAGGGGAUGGCACACGCCAGAAAUGAUUUAAAACCCAUUUAUUUAGAUAGGGAUCGAUGAUGCCACGAUUCGUUUCACACAGCAGGAGAAACUCUGGGCUGCUGCUGCUGUUUCUCAACCACCUCCUCUCAGGUGCUCCCAGCACUGAAAUCCUGAGUUUCACCCUGACAGCAGUGUCCUGCCUGGUCCAUGCGUCCCAACUCUGCUUCCCAGUUCUGGGUGCAGCCCAUUCCCUGCUCUGUCCCCAAUUAACAGGGACCCACGAGUCCCAGGGGCAGCCCAGGGGUAUGGGGAGCCCUGAGCAUCCCAACAGAGCUCCCCCAGCAGCUGGCAGCAGGACAGGGAAGCAGCCAGGCUGCCCCUCCUUGCUUUUCUGCUGCUUCCCAUCCACACCCAGGCGGCAGUGAGAUGCUGGAGCUGUCACUGUCACCCUGUUCAGUGAGGAGGAAGGAGGCUGAGCACUGCCCUGCAGCCCUGAGCCCCCCUGGGCAUUUCUCACCUUCCACAAGAGCGCUUUGCUUGACGUGUGGUUGAGCUCAGACACAUAAGAGAGCACAUGGCCUCACCUGCAGCCUCCCAGCAGGAAAGCAACGUGACUUCCCCAGCCCAGAGAGGAGCAGCCCUGUCCCAAAGACAAGGAGGAGGUGGGAGAACUCUGCACAGGGCUCAAUUCUGCCCCCCAAACCCUUUGGUUAAGGCAAGAAGCUUCAUCCACCAUUAUCACAGCUCAGUGCUUAGCAAACAAUAACUCAUCUCUGUUCCCUGCAGAACAGCCCUCAGUUCCAAACCCAGGGAUCCCCUUUUCAGUCCUGAGCACUUCACACACCCAUGGAGCAGAGCCAGGUAACAACACCUAAAAUUUAUUAACACGGAAUGCACUGCUGGCAGCUGUGCAGAGCUCAGUCUGUGUCCCAGCCCAGCCAGGCUGCCAGCCACCAAACAGCAGGGAGAACACGAGACAUAAAACAGCCCUGCCAGCUUUCUCCAAAGAGAGAACCUGCCCCGAAAUCUGCCAGAGGGAGCUGCAGCACAAGGUCCAAAUGUUUCAGGGCUGCGGUCCCUUCUUGUACCUUCUUUUUUUAAAAAAAACAAACAAACAGAGAUGAGAAUAUGAAAGCAAACAAACUCGGGCUGCCCUAGCUUAAAAUUAAAACGAGACGAUGAUUCUCAUGCAUGGUUUAAAAGAGAAAAAGCAAGGGCCUGGGAGGAACAGGAGCAGAGAGAGAAGGCAGCCAAAGGCCUACAGAGGAAACUGCUGCAACUACUGGUUGCACCUCCAAAGGAAAGUGGGGUAAGAUGGA